AUGGAAGAACAGUUAAAUAGUGAACAAACCAAAGUUAAACACAGGAAGAGAGGUGUCAGACAUGACGACGAAUAUAAGAGAAAUGUUAUAAAGCAGAGCAGAAUAAAAGGUAUUUCAUAUGUUAGUUACAAAGGAAAAACAGUCCCGAACAAGAAAAUUGGAUUAGCAUGCAAAUGUCCCUUAAAAUGUUUCACUAAAAUAAAAGAGGACGACAGAAAUGAAAUAUUUGACAAAUUUUACAGACUAAAUACAAAAGAUGAGCAGGAUUUAUAUCUACAAGGACUUAUAGAAAAACUAAAACAAGAAAUUAUCGAUGAAACGUGUAAAAUAGAAGUAGAGUAUAAUCACCCGGAUAAUGCUCUUUUGGAUGGCUUUAAAUAUGAAAUUCAGGAGGAAUGCAGUAGUCAAAAUACACAUGAGAGAUAUGAUUAUUUAGAAUUAAAGGAAUGUCCUAUAAAUACUGAAAUAGAACAACAUGGGAAUAAACUUAUCCCAUUUGAAGAAAACCAAAAAACUGAAAAAGGUUAG